AUGGGACUCUCAGGAGGCAUUCAUCCAAGACAAAAUACCCAUCUCGCAGCAUCUUGUUUCCCUUCGAAUCAUAGCUGCUCUGAAAUUAUUAAUAUAAUGAGGGCUUCAAUUAAACGUCCACCAACUCCAGAUGCAGAAGAUGAACGCGAUCGCGAACCUACAAUUCAGGAAAUCAUCAAUAUCAAGCUGAUUGAGAGUGGAGAAAAAGAACGGUUGAAGGACCUUUUGAGGGAAAGACUUAUCGAAUGCGGUUGGAGAGAUGAAAUGAAAGCUCUUUGCAGGGCACAUGCAAGGAAGAAGGGAAGAAAUAAUGUAACUGUGGAUGACCUUGUUCAUGUAAUUACCCCGAAGGGAAGAGCUUCUGUUCCUGAUACGGUAAAAGCAGAACUGCUGCAGCGAAUCCGUUCAUUUCUUUCAUCAACUGCCCUCUGA